AAGGGAGAUCACUGUAACAGCCAUGUGUCAUUUUUCCUCUGCACCGCUUUGUUGUCACACGCUGCACCUCACAACAAACCAAACGUUUACAGCUUUGGGGUAACACAAAACUACAAACCAUUAGAAGAUCUACCUAAAAGACACACAGAUUUUGUGAUAUAAAUGUAGAAAAGAUAUAAUCAUCCCGGAUAGAGAAUUUUUUAAGUUAUCACAAGCACUAUAUCAUACAACAGCUGUGCCAAUGCCAUUCACAGAUAUUUCAAUGUGAUGUCUUGUUUCAAGUGGAGCUGCUUUCAUUCUGGACAUCAUGCAGUAAAUCCUGAUAGAACCCUGAUGUUAUAAUUUACAAAGGAAAGCAAAAUUGGAUAAGAAAAAGCAGUAGCUUUCUGUUGGAUCUAACUUUGCAAGAUGAAUGCCUAUGACGAUAAUGCAAUGAAACCCUUGUUUGGGAUUCCUAAACCAAGUGAUCGAAUGCGAAAUUUAGUAAUUGGUAUUAUUACUUCUAUAUUUGUAUUGGAAACUCUCAUUUGUGCAUUUUUCUUUCCAUGCUGGCCUCCAAAUAACCAUGAUGGUGUCAAUAUAUUCUUUGCCUUUAUCAUUAUGAUGGUCUGUGGAUCCCAUAUAACACUUAUAAUCUGGUAUAGAGAAGGCAAUUUGGAACCUGUGUUUCGGAAUAUGAUAUACUUCAAUACUUUCUCAAUCAUUCUUCUCUGUCUCUGUGGUAACCUCUACAUUCAAGGAGUUGGUUUAUCUCGAACAUAUAACUGUACCGUUUGAUAUGUAACACUAUGGAACCACCUUGAAUUUAGCUGUUCCAAGAAAUUUUUAAAAUUCAUUGAUGCCAUCCAUAUUAUCUUUGUACUCUCAAAAGACAGUUGUUUAUUGAUCCAGCCCUGAAAUACUUAUUUAUUGAUCAACAGAACCAUGUAUCAAUGAUAGAUUCUUAGUAACAGCUAUGGUACUUAGCUGGUUGGCACUUGAACAGUGUUGGUAUAAUCUGUCUAUUUUGUUAUUAUUAUUUAAGAAAUUAAGAAGGUUGUGUUAACGCUAACAAAAUAACUGAAUUAUUUAUUUUAUGGUUUCACUAUUUUUGCGUUCAAAUCCCACCAAACCCAACUUUGACUUUCAUCGUUUGAGUCUUUGAGGAAAUAGAAACCAACACUGGAUUGGUAUCAAGUCAGUUGAUUCUAUCCUGAAUAAACCCUUACUUAUGUUAAUCAAAGAAAUUGUUGCUUCCAGCUGUUCCUUGAUUAGUCUGUAAAUGUCAUAUUUUGCGUUCGAUGGACAAUUGUUUUUUUUUUUACUUUUUAUGACAUUAUCAUUCCACAAAAAGUUUGUGAGGUCAAAGAAUGAAAUUCUAGGAAAUUAUGAAGAUGCGUGGAAUACUGUUUCCAAAUAUUACAAACUGAUACCAGAGAGAAACAAAAUUUUUAAAAAUAGUCAAAUGCAUUAUUUUGAAUACAAAUUUAACUUAUUUAGUUUUUUUCACAUAUCUAAUAUUUAUUUUGUUAAAAAUCAGAAACUUUGGUUCCUGGUGUUGUUUACAGUACUUUCCCAUUUAUUUUACAUAGUAGCCACAUAUAGGGAGAAGAUUCUCCUCUAUGUGCAAUCAAUAUGAAGAGAUGAGCAAUGUAGUUACUUAAGAUAGAGAAAAGUCUGUGGAUGACCUGAAGGAAUGGUUAAACAUAGUAAAACUGUUAAAUUCUUCUGCCUGAUUUAGGAUAUAUUGCUUGUAUAAAAAAAAAGAAGUAUAGAAGUUUUAAUAGCCUGACUCUAGACCAGGUUAAUUAAAUGUCCCGUUCUCACGUAAACUAGAAGUUCCAAACACAGUGUCCUUGGAAUUAAAAAAUUUACUAUAAAGGAAAGUUAUGAUGUUGGUAUUACAUUUUUUGUUUUUGAUAUCCUGUCUAAGCCAUUGACUAUGACCA